AUGGCGACGACGGUCCCUAAUAACUUGAAUCGCGAUCAGUACGUGUACCUAUCCAAGCUAUCCGAGCAAGUCGAGCGAUACGAUAAGAUGGUUCAGUUCAUGCAAAAGUUGGUCCUUGGCUCAACUCUAUCCGGCGAACUAACCGUCAAGGAAAUGAACCUCCUCUCCGUCACAUACAAGAACAUGAUCGGCACACCACAUGCUUCGUGGCGGAUCGUUUCCUCCAUUGAGCAGAAUGAUGAGAGACGUGGUAACGAGGAUCAUGUGGCUGUCAUCCGUGAUUAUCGAGCCAAGAUAGAGGCCGAGCUUUCCUCCAUCUGUGGCGGGAUCUUGAAGUUGCUUGACUCCAGGCUCAUCCCUUCGGCCUCCGCUAAAGACUCCAAGGUCUUUUUUCUUAAGAUGAAGGGUGAUUAUCAUAGGUAUUUGGCUGAGUUCAAGACUGGAGUCGAACGUAAGGAAGCUGUUGAGAGUACUCUCACUGCUUACAAAUCUGCUCAGGACAUUGCCAUCACCGAUUUGGCCCCAACUCACUCGAUCCGGCUCGGAUUGGCACUCAAUUUCUCUAUUUUCUACUACGAAAUUCUCAACUCUCCUGAUCGCGCUUGCAAUCUUGCAAAACAGGCAUUUGAUGAAGCAAUCGCUGAGUUUGAUACUUUAGGCGAGGAAUCAUACAAAGAUAACACUCUCAUAAUGCAACUGCUAAGGGAUAAUCUUACUCUUUGGACGUCGGAUGUGCAUGACCAGUUAGAUGAGCCGUAG